UCCUACUACGAAGUUCUUAGUCCUUUCCGUGUUUCCUCGAACAUGUAUGCUUUUAUAUUUUACUUUUCUGCCUUGUGUUCCCUUUCUGUUGUGUCCUUGGCUGAAGCAAGUAAAACCCCAGGUAGUUUCAGCAUUGACCUAAUUCAUUGCGACUCACUAUUGUCACCCUUUUACAAUUCUUCAAUGACCCCAUCACAUCUCAUAAAAAAUGCUGCUUUACGUUCCAUUUCUCGAUCCAAUCUUCUUCACUUCCUUGUGGGUGAAAAAGAAUCAACUGAAACUAUUAUAAUUCCAAACUAUGGUGAAUACCUCAUGAAAUUUUAUAUUGGUACCCCACCUGUGGAAAGGCUUGCAAUUGCUGACACAGGAAGUGAUCUUGUUUGGGUACAAUGUUCUCCUUGUAUGAGUUGUUUUCCCCAAGACACUAAUUUGUUUGAUCCAAACAAGUCUUCCACGUUCUCAAAUGUGUCAUGUGACUCUAAACCUUGCACACUACUCCCUAGUCGCCAACAUCGUUGUGGAAAUUCAGGAGAGUGUGAGUAUUUGUAUCAAUAUGGUGACAAAUCAUUCACAAUGGGAGACUUAGGUGUUGAUGUGAUUAAAUUUGAUACGGAACAAGACCAAGGUGUUACAUUCCCCAAGUCUAUUUUUGGGUGUGGAUUUAACAAUGAUUUUACAGCUGCUAAAAUAGGCAAAAUCACAGGACUAGUGGGUCUUGGAGCAGGGCCAUUGUCAUUAGUUUCACAACUAAGUGAUCAAAUUGGUCAUAAAUUCUCCUAUUGUUUGCUUCCUUUUAGUUCAAAUUCCACUAGCAAAUUGAAAUUUGGGAAAGAAGCAAUAAUAAAAGGGAAUGGUGUUGUGUCCACUCCCUUAAUAACCAAACCUUCUUCUCCUACCUUUUACUUCCUUAAUCUAGAAAGCAUUGUUGUUGGACAAAAGAAGGUGCAAACAGGUCAAACUGAUGGCAACAUAAUAAUCGAUUCUGGGACAACAUUGACGUUGCUUGAACCAACUUUAUACAAUAAGUUUGUGACUUUGGUAAAAGAAGUCAUUGAGGAAGAGCAAAAUCCUCCAAGCCCUUUCGACCUUUGUUUUAGAUAUAAGGAUGAUAUGAAUUUCACUGAUAUUGUAUUUCAGUUUAGAGGAGCUAACGUUUCCCUACUCCCCCAAAACCUGCUUCUUCUGUUGGACACCAACUUGUUAUGCUUCGCAAUUGUGUCCAGUAAUCAACAAGGGUUUUCCAUCUUUGGGAACGUGGCGCAAAUUGAUUUUCAAGUGGAGUAUGAUCUUGAAGGCAAAAUAAUAUCGUUCGCUCCUACUAAUUGUACCAAGUUAGGUUAAUCUCAUCGUUUGUUUAAUAAAGUAUUUAGUAAGUUGUACCAGUACUGAUGGAUUAUCAAAAUAAUGAGGAUAUAUAUGAUGUCUUCUAGGUAAUAACGAUAAUGAAUAAA